AUGGAGGUAAGAUUGAAUCAUUAUAUGCUGAAGCUUAGGCUGCAUAAGCUUGCUGAUCUUAGAGAAUUGUGUAAACAGCUUAUGGUCAGACAAAACGGAAAAAGAGACGAAGUUGCGAAUCGAUUGGUUGGCUAUUUACUAACUCCUGAAGGCAAAAGAGAAGCAAAAUCCAAACUCCCUCGAGAAUUUUAUGAAAGGUUUUACGAUGAACGAGAGUCUGAUAAAAGCUCUGUACAAGUUGAUUGCUUAUGUGACGGCAGCGUGGCUGGCCAAGUAAUUAAAUGCACAAGAUGCAACAGAAAUCAACACAUAAUGUGUAUAGGAAAACAAACCCAAUCUGAAAACUAUGAAUGUGUCAGCUGCCAAAUAAUUCAGAUGCAUCCUCUUGAUGAAGUUUUAGAAUUUCUUAUUACUCCGUUUUGAAUUUGUAAAGAUUCUGUAAGUCCAUGUGAACGAUCAUUUGAGUGCUCUUUCGAGUUCCAGCAGCGAAUUUUUGAUUCAAGAGGUGAAUUACAAGUCCAAAUCCGCUGCAUCCGAUUAGAUGGCAUUGGCUACACUCAAAAAUGGCCAAAGCAUGGCUCGUUAUCAAUAAAUGGGAAAAAUGCUAUGGAAUUCACAGUCUCCAAAAAUCCCAAUGCAAAACAAAGAAAAGACGAAAUCCUCAAUAUUUCAGUCCUGCUAGCCAAUGGGAAAAACACAGUUGGGCUGCUAAAAUAUAAUGAUCUCGACACAUAUGCAGCUGCUGUAUUAUUAAUUAAACAAAAAUCAGAGGAUACUCUUAUAAGAGAAAUAACUGAAAAGCCAGGCCUGAGUAUUGAAGAAGGCAAAGAAUUUGUAAUUAAUAAGCUUGCACGUGGAGAUGAUGAUAUUGUUUCGGAAAGUGUAAAACUCUCGCUUAAAUGUCCCUUCGCAAUGACUUUUAUGGAGAUUCCAGUCAGAGCUGUGAAUUGCACGCAUAUUCAGUGCUUUAAUUUAGCAACUUUUGUUAAGUUGCAAAGAGCUUCAAGAGUGAAUAGAUGAAGGUGCCCAAUAUGUAAAGGGUUUGCAUUUAAUUUGAUUGUGGAUCGAUAUUUUGAGUCAAUCAUAAAAACAGCUAUGGCGGAAGGGACUGAUAUGCAUAAUAUUGAAUUUUUUCGGGACGGGAGUUAUAAGAUAAUUACGUUUGAUGAGUAUAUUGCAGACCAAGAGGAAGAUGCAAUCUUUAAGGGAAGUGGCCCAGAAAAUGUUAAAGCAGAAGACAUAGAGAAUAUUAAUAGAAAAAGAUCAAGAAAUGAAGACGAAGGUGUAAUACCAAUUAAGACACCAAAAAUUGAUGGUCAUAAUGGCAGUUCCUCUAUGAAAAAUGGAAGAAGUAUAGAAAUGAUUGAGCUAGACUAG